AACCCUCCCUCUCUCUCUCUCUCUCUCUCUGCCCCUCCCCCAAACUUCUAUUUAUUCCCACCUCACCCCCUGCCCAUUUCCUCACAAGUCCAUCCGCCAAAAUCUCUCUCUCUCUCUCUCUCUCUCUCUCUCUCUCUCUCUAUCUAAAGGGCUAAAAAAUGGUUCUAGUUGGGAUUUGCAUAGUGGGAUUACUCACUCUCUUGUCAUUCUCAUGUGGUGGUGUUGAUGGGUAUGAUGGGGAAUGGGUUGAUGCUCAUGCCACUUUCUAUGGAGGUGGUGAUGCUUCUGGCACUAUGGGUGGGGCAUGUGGGUAUGGAAACCUAUACAGCCAAGGAUAUGGGACCAACACAGCAGCCUUGAGCACAGCUCUAUUCGACAAUGGGUUUAGCUGUGGAGCUUGUUUUGAGAUAAAGUGUGUGAGUGACCAAAAGUGGUGUCUCCCUGGCUCUAUUGUGGUCACAGCCACCAACUUCUGCCCUCCAAACACUGCCCUCCCAAACAAUGCAGGAGGGUGGUGCAACCCUCCCCAACACCACUUUGAUCUCUCUCAGCCUGUCUUCCAACACAUUGCUCAAUACAGAGCUGGGAUUGUCCCUGUCUCUUACAGAAGGGUACCUUGCAUGAAAAAGGGAGGCAUAAGAUUCACAAUCAAUGGCCACUCAUACUUCAACUUGGUCCUAAUCACAAAUGUUGGAGGUGCUGGUGAUGUCCAAGCCGUUUCCAUCAAAGGUUCAAACACUGAUUGGCAACCCAUGUCAAGAAAUUGGGGUCAAAAUUGGCAAAGCAACACUUACCUCAAUGGACAAGGCCUCUCUUUCAAGGUCACCACAAGUGAUGGUCGUACUGUGAUCUCUUCCAAUAUUGCCCCUCCUAGCUGGUCCUUUGGCCAAACCUUCAGUGGUAGCCAAUUCUAAAAUUUAGUAGUUCCUCCAUAUUUAUUUGGCAACUACUAAUCAUAGUAAUAGUUUCUUAUUUUUAUUUUUUAACAAUCGGUAGGAGAAGGCUCGAAUCUAGGCAUCUCGCUUGGUAAGAGAGCGCCAAUAUUAGUACUAAUUUGGUAUUAGUAAGGUUGUUUUUGGAUUUUAAAUUUCAGUAGGGAUUUGUAGAUAAAAAGUAAAAGAGAAGGGAAAGUGACAAAUUUUUCUUUUAUUUUUUCUUUUCAUCCACAAAUCCUAAUACAAAUUUAAGAUCCAAAUACUGUUUUAAAAUAUGUAUACAAAAUUUAUGCACAGAAUUAUACUUAGAAAAAUAAUGUGUGGUUCAGAUUCAAUUCUGGUAUGAUAAAUCCCAGAUCUUGAAUGAGUUUGAAUCACAUAUUAUAUUUUCCGAGUAUUUUUCUGUGUAUGAAUUUUGUGUUAGUGUCGUUAUUUAUUUGGGUAUAGUACAAGGGUUAGUAGAUGAGUCAUUUUAGAGUUGGGUUUUGAGUGAAAAAAUGAGAAAGGGUUUAUUUUGAAGUGGCCCUUGAAGAUCUCAUUUUUUUUUAGGGUUUCUGUCUCUGAUGUUUUAAGGAAGACAGAAACUGGCAGUGGUGGAACAUUUACCACCCGCCACGUCAUAGUUGCUUUUGUUGUUGUUGUUGUUGUUGUUUUUUUUUUUUUUUUAUUGUUUUGGUUGGUUUUUUGUUUUUGAAUUGUUCAUUCAGUCCCUUAAUUGAAAGCGUUUUUUUGCUUUGGGGGUUUGAAUUGAAGUCAUUGUUAUCAGCUUUGUGCUGAGUAUGUUAUUUUUUUGGGGUGGUUUUGGUUUGAGUU